GACAAUUCAAGCGUUGGUCGAUCGGAGGGUUGGAACUAUAAAGCGCUGUGCGUUUAAUUUCUUCCAACUGAGGUGGAAAAUUGAGCUUUUGAAGCCAUGACAUUGAGAACAUCGUCUGCGGUUCGGGUGCAUUUAAGAACGAUUUUGAACAACGAGGCGCAAACACCUUACUCGUUGCAAGACUUUGAGCGUUUUCUCAAAUCGGAACACACUUCAGAAAAUCUCUCAUUCUGGCUUCUUGCGUCUGAAUAUCGGAAAGAAGCUAGCCAAAUAUACUCCAGUUACGUUGCUGCCAAUCAGCGACAGAAUGAUUCCGAAAUACACCGUCGCUCCGUGUCUUCAGAAUCCACAACGGGGUCUAUUCCAAGCCUUCGUCGCCAUUCACGGGCCAGUCUGGCAGAUAUAGUACUGUCACCCUCGGACCAUGCUGUACUGCAACAGAAGCUGAAAAUACUUGUUGCUACUUUCUUGACGCCUGGCGCUGACCAGGAGCUGAACAUCAAUGGUGCAGUUAGGAAGCGUAUUGUGGCAGAGAUUGACGAUAAGGGUGCGGUCUACCCUGGUGUUUUGGAUGCAGUCAUGGACAAAGUGUACGAUAUGCUUCGAUUGGGGAGUUACCCCCGCUUCAUCAAACUCGCUUCGACGGGCCAGAUAAAACCACCAGCAAGUCUUGAUCGAACUACAACAGAAAAUACACUGCCAGAAACCGAAACAGAUACAGUAGGCUCCCUCCCUGCCAAGCGUCCACGAUCGCCUACAUUGACGACGCCCUCUACCCCGGCACCUGUCAGACACCAGAGAUCACUAUUGAAAAAGAGUCGCCGCGCAUCCAACUCGGAAGAGGACAAGAAAGGGGAAGAACUGCGCGCAGCUCCAAUGACUCCUAUGCCAAGACGCAAGAAUUCAUUUUUGGAAAAGAUUGGGUUGAGAAGGAGCAGUAGUUCAACGGCCCGGAUUGGACCAGUCGGUGAGGAAGUUGCUAUUGGUGGACAGGUUAAAGUUGCAUAGAAGUAAUAUGCACCAGGCAUCUCCCAUCAGUAUAAGAUGAGGAUACCGUCUUGUGUAAACGAUAACCCGAAAGAAGGUCAUUUAUAUCCCAGUGUGGCGAUUUAGAAAUGAGGUUUUGAUGUGAACGGUAUAUCGUAGUAACACUCAGAAUCAGCCUUCUUGUAGUGAAUGAGACCAAUCUGUGGAAGUACCAUAGAAUUUAAUAUCAUAAUUGAUUGCUGAUACCAUA